AUUUCUAAUCAUUAUUAGACUACUAAAAUAGUAUCAAUCACAAAUCAUAGUACUAGUCUUCUAGAUUUUCUCAAUCCCUCAUUAAACAAAUCGGUCAUUCAUUGUUGAAGCUUGUUUAUUGAGAACACUUUAGUUUGGAGAGUAUAUCAUGGAAGAGAAAAAUAACACAUCUGGAACUUCUCUUCUAGUACCAUCAGUUCAGGAGUUGGCUAAGGGAAAUAUUUCUACAGUUCCAACAAGAUAUAUUCAGUCUCAACAUGAAGAAUUGAUCAUCAAUGAAGAUGAUCAUAGUAACCUUCAAAUUCCAAUUAUUGAUAUGAAGAAAUUGCUUUCUUCAGAAUAUGGGAGUUCAGAAUUGUCUAAGCUUCAUCUUGCCUGUAAAGAUUGGGGAUUUUUCCAGGUGGUAAAUCAUGGUGUUAGUUCAUCCUUAGUAGAGAAAGUAAAGUUGGAGACUCAAGAUUUUUUUAACCUUCCAAUGUCAGAGAAGAAAAAGUUUUGGCAAACUCCCCAACAUAUGGAGGGAUUUGGGCAAGCAUUUGUUAUGAGUGAUGAACAAAAGCUUGAUUGGGCUGAUAUUUUCUUUAUGAGCACACUUCCUAAAGACUCUCGAAUGCCUCACUUAUUUCCGCAACUUCCUCUUCCAAUCAGAGAUACUUUAGAGCUCUAUUCAAUGGAACUACAAAAGUUAUCAAUGGUUAUUGUUGAAUAUAUGGGAAAAUCAUUGAAAAUGGAUGAAAAUGAAAUGAGGAUGUUAUUUGAAGAUGGGGUACAAUCAAUGAGGAUGAACUAUUACCCUCCUUGUCCUCAACCUGAAAAGGUUAUUGGUCUCACACCACAUUCAGAUGGAUCAGCACUAACAAUUCUUCUACAACUCAAUGAUGUUGAAGGACUCCAAGUUAGAAAAAAUGGCACGUGGGUCCCUGUUAAACCCCUGCCUAAUGCCUUCAUUGUCAACAUUGGGGACAUUCUAGAGAUUAUAAGUAACGGGAUAUAUCGAAGUAUUGAGCAUCGCGCAACAGUAAACUCUGAAAAAGAAAGAAUUUCAAUUGCGACAUUCUAUACUUCAAAACAUGAUGGAGAGAUAGGUCCUGCAAAAAGCUUGAUCAAUGAAGUAACACCAGCCCGGUUCAAAAGAAUUGGAUUAAAAGAAUACUUGAAGAACUUGUUUGCUCGUAAACUUGAUGGGAAGUGUUUCCUAGAUUCUUUGAGGAUAUAGCAUCACUAAGCUACUUCAAGUAAUUGAAUUACUGGAUAUGUCAUACCUCUCUCAUUGUGUGUCUUGUUACUAAACUACAAUAAAUUAAAGGAUAAAUAUUAUACAUCGGAUUAUAUU